AAACCACAGGAGGAAGCUUCGCCUUUUACAGAGUGACAGUGAAGCUUGCCUGCAGAGUCACUGCUGUCAACAAGAGAAAUGGACAUGCAGUCAAGAUAAAACGAUGACACUGCGAGUUCUACUGUUGCUGUCAUUACUAACUGCCCCAUGUGGUGGAUGUGAGUUUGACCUGGAAGGUGUGAAAAAUAUCAAAGGGACCAUCGAUUCGAGUUCAGCAGGCUUUCGCACAGUGUUUCCUAAGGAUUACUAUGUGGUGCAUCGAUAUACAAGACACAUGCUCUGUGACACCGAUCCGUGUUGCGUGUUCCCUGCUGCGUAUGUCCUCCUCGAUUCUUGGCAAGUGCUCCUGACAAACCUCUGGGAGGAACACUUAAAUCACUCUCUUGUUGUGGAACUGACACGGACACUGGAUAAAAUUACUAGCACAAACAGAAACAUGGAAAUGUUUCGGGAGGAGACAGACUUAUCCCAGUUCUCCUUGGUGUCUUCCUCUCCAGAAGAACUCCUAAAGUUAACAUCAGAACUUUUUAGCCGGUGGAUUCAAAUUGGGUGCCCACCUACUAUUGAAACAUGCACCCUGCCCAACUUGCCACCGUCUGUUGAAAGGAAGGACUACAGCCCAUCAAGGGCCAGACUUUUAACCACUAGAGCGGUAGACAAUAUGAAGUCUGGCAGGAUUAUAGACACACCGCCACUGUCCAGUGGGGUUCCCCCAUCGUAUUCUGCAUUCGUUUGGAGCUCCUUAUUAUUGAGACUCUACUGGUGUUUGCUACCAUAGUUGUCAAAAAGGGUCUUUUUUGUAGGCACUGAUGACUGUUUCCUUAAGUUUUUGUCUUUGUGUUUCAGUGUGGUAAGCUUUGUGAAACUCAAGUGUUACAUCUGAUGCACAAAAUUAGAUCAAACCACGAGCUCGCCGUCCAACAGCGUUCUGUAAGAGGUGAUAUCGCAGAUGUAAUCCAAUAGCCUCACUAUUUAGAGCAAACUAUCUAUGGUUUAUGUUCUUCUUGCUAAUGGGCAUUGUCUGCCACUGUUUACAAAUGGAUGUAUAUGUAUUUACUUUUGUACAGAAAAAUAAAUUAAAGACAUUUAGAUAUAUGCAUCGUUAACUUUUGGUGUAACUUGCCAGUAUCCAAAGUCUGUGUUAUAUAUUUAUUACAGUAUUUUGAAUGUACAUUUACAGCUAGGCUACUUAAGUAAAUGUGCUUAAGUGUUGGGAUAUGUGUUCAUACAUAUUUAAUUUUUUUUUUCAUUUAAAGACACUUUUACGCCACAUUUUAGAGGUAAAUACUGUCAUUUCUCUCCACAUUUGUAAAAAAUGAUUAUGCACUGUGGCACACUGAAAAACUCAACAGUUUAUGAAGUUGUUAAAAUCAGUGCACCGCCAAUUACAGCUGUAAUGCCUGCAUAAUGAUACUGUAGCCUAUGAUCAGCACUAACUUAUGAUAUUAAUAAAACUACAGUUGCAAAGCAAUCACAGGUACAAUUCUUCCCAAAUUUGCAUUUCUAACUUUGCAGUGUGGUACUGCUAUUUGCAGCUGCAAAGUAUUUAAUCACGCGGAGAGUUAUAUGUUUACAGUUUUGUCCCUGCUGCUUUUAAGAGAUUCCAUUUUGUGUUUAAUCUUGCAUUCCAGCUGCAGGAAUCUGCUUUCGCUUGAACUCAACCGUAGAUUCUCUUGUAAAAAGGCAGCCUUUGUGUGCAAACUCUUCAAAUCUAUUCUGCAGCUCUAAUUUAAA